UUUAUUUUUUGAUGUUUCUGUUCCUUUAAGGCAGCACCCAUUAACCCUUGCAACUACCUGCAAAUUCUUAGCUUAGUCUCUAAAUAGAAGGGGGGGGAGAAUGACGAAGCUCCAGUAUUGGUGCAAGAUUUGUGGGUGAAAUACUGGGGCAAUGGGAUAUUUUGUAGGGGUUACACAGGGGGUCCCCCUCUACCAGUUGCUGUGCCCAGAGUCACUAUAGUGUGUGGGUUACAUGUGCCCCCGGGUAUGAGGUGCUGCAGAGAAACAGACCCGUCUCCCUGUGAUUCCCUGGGGAUCUUAUAGUGAUUCACAUACAGUGUGUACCCCAACAUUAUGGCACAACCCCCCAGCAUUUCCCCAGGAUACAGAGACCCCUGUCUGUGAUUGGUGAAGUUGUGCCAAUAGAAUUCCCUAUAAAGGGUCCAGUCCAAAGCUGCCGAGUGCUGGAAUGGGGGUUUUGGGGUGAACUGGGCAGAGUUUCAGUAACCCCCUCCUGUGCCCCCCUCCCCCGGGAAUGCCCAGGGCACUUUGUUAGUAAUAUAAGUGGGUCAGUGCCCCCCGAGUCGUCCGUUUAAUGGCGGCAGCCUCUGGGCAAAGAGUUAAAGGGCAGAGUUGGAGGAGAGAAGAAAGAGGGGGUGUAGGAGGGAGGGGGGCACAGAGGAAGGAGAAACGUUCCAGUUGGGACAGAGAAGAAGGAGCUGAGGCAGGAGGGGGAUUAGAGCAGGAGGGGGGACACACUAGAGGGAACAGUAUCUGGGGGAGGAAUAAAGGGCAAGUAAGCAGCAGGACAAUGAGAGACUGGAUCCAGAGCAGAGACAGUCAGAGUAAGGGGAGAAGCUGCAGGGAGGGAGCUCAGGGCAGAUGGGAGAUCAGGGGAAACUGGAGAGGAGGAGAGAGGCAAAGUCGAGGGGUUGGUAGAAGAUACUGUGACUGCUGGAGAUCCACUCGGGGGUCAGUGUGAUGCACAGGGGACCUCAUGUACCCCCUGAUCUAGUACUGGGGAUGCCCCUCACUUGUGUCUCUGCUCAGCCUGGAACCCUCCCAAGACUUCUCUGCACCUGACUCUGCCCAACAUGAGACUCUCCUGCCUCCUGGUCUGCUGCUGCCUCUGCCUCCUGCCGGGGGUACAAGGAGCACAGGGGAAAUUCGCCUACAAGCUGAUGAACGAUCUAUUUGCCAACUACUCCAACGCUCUGCGGCCUGUAGAGGACAUGGAUAAAGCCAUGAAUGUCACCCUGCAGAUCACCCUCUCCCAGAUCAUUGACAUGGAUGAGCGGAACCAGAUCCUAAUGGCCUACCUGUGGAUCCGACAGGUGUGGUUUGAUGCCUACCUGCGCUGGAACAAGGAAGAUUAUGAUGGACUUGAUACCAUCCGUAUACCUAGCAGUUAUGUAUGGAGACCUGAUAUAGUCCUAUAUAACAAUGCUGAUGACCAGUUCACAGGCUCCAUGGAAACCAAUGUGGUCAUCAGAUAUGAUGGGCAGAUCAUGUGGGACUCGCCUGCGAUCACCAAGAGCUCCUGCAAGGUUGAUGUGUCCUUCUUCCCCUUCGAUAGACAGCAGUGUCGCCUGACCUUUGGCUCUUGGACGUACAAUGGAAAUCAAAUCGACAUCCUCAACCACCUGGAUACGGGGGACCUGACUGAUUUUGUAGAAAAUGUUGAGUGGGAGGUAUUGGGAAUGCCAGCCAAGAAGAAUGUUAUCACUUAUGGGUGCUGCUCAGAACCUUACCCUGAUGUCACCUACACCCUCAUGUUAAAGAGGAGGUCUUCUUUCUACAUCUUCAACCUCCUGCUCCCCUGUGUUAUGAUCUCUUUUCUAGCACCUUUGGGCUUCUAUCUUCCAGCAGAUUCAGGAGAGAAGGUCUCUUUGGGUGUAACUGUCCUGCUGGCCCUCACCGUGUUUCAAUUACUGGUGGCUGAGAGUAUGCCACCUUCAGAAAAUGUGCCACUUAUUGGAAAGUAUUAUAUUGCGACGAUGACUAUGAUAACUGCAUCAACAGCACUAACCAUCUUUAUCAUGAACAUCCAUCACUGUGGGCCAGAAGCAAAACCAGUGCCUGAAUGGGCCAAGAAGUACAUCUUGCAGUACAUGUCCAGGAUAUUCUUUGUAUAUGAGGUGGGAGAAAGCUGUAGAAGACCUAGAACUGAACCAGAUUCUGAGAGAACAUCCAAAGUACCAGGGUUGAAUGGACAGGCCAAGCAAGAGGAGGUUGUUGAUGUGGUUAAGAACUGCCCAGAAAAGCUCAGCCCAAAGGACAAAGAGGCCAUGGAUGAGCCAGAACAUUCCAAAUAUGCUCACGGUGUUUGUCAGGAGAGUGGCAAGUACUUUUCUGAGCAAGGUGGAGGUGGGAAAGGGUUUGGGUACGAGGAGUGCCCCAAUAUCCAAUGCCUGUGCCACAACGAACGUUUGCUGAAAAACAUUGAAUAUAUUGCCAACUGCUUCCGGGAUCAACGGGCGGCUCAGAAAAGGACUGGCGAGUGGAAGAAGGUUGCCAAGGUCAUGGAUCGUUUCUUCAUGUGGGUCUUCUUCAUCAUGGUGUUCUUAAUGAGCGUUCUGAUCAUGGGCAAAGCUAUCUGAUGAUGCUCCCCAGUGACUCCCAAUGGAUUUAUCCUUAACAUUCUCAGUGGAAUCCUGUGACAUUCCAACUUAUCAUAAAGGCUCGUCAUUUUGGCAUUUUGGCUCGUCAUUAGUAACCAUUUUGGCAUUUCGUGAUUAUUUCUGACCUUGUCAUCAGCAGUGUAUUGGGUUUUUUUUUAAGGAGUGGGUGAGUCGGGGCUAUGGGUCACUUCUUCAUGUGGGUCUUCUUCAUGUGGGUCUUCUUCAUUUGGGUCUGCUUCAUGUGGGUCUUCUUCAUGUGGGUCUUCUUCAUGUGGGUCUUCUUCAUGUGGGUCUUCUUCAUGUGGGUCUUCUUCAUGUGGGUCUGCUUCAUGUGGGUCUUCUUCAUGUGGGUCUUCUUCAUGUGGGUCUUCUUCAUGUGGGUCUGCUUCAUGUGGGUCUGCUUCAUGUGGGUCUUCUUCAUGUGGGUCUGCUUCAUGUGGGUCUGCUUCAUGUGGGUCUUCUUCAGGUGGGUCUUCUUCAGAGCUUUCUGAUGGUGGACAAAAACCAAACCAAUGGAUUUAUGACUUGUCCUCCAUUUCACUCCAUGCACCACCCACUCUUAGAGCACUUAGAGCCAUUAUAGGAAUGACACAGCAGCAUGCUGUACUGUAUUUACUCAGACCUUUAGUCUCCAUUGUGACAUCGCAUUGGCCAUUUCUGACCUUGUCAACAUCAAUCAAUGUACUUGUGACUCUACAUGAAGGCUCAUCUAAUAAAACAAAGGGUUAAUGAUGUAAAGGGACUUUAAGAAACAUUACACACUUUCAGCGUAUAUGUGUAUGUAUAUCUGUGGCAGUAUUGUGGAGUUUGUGGCAAGGGAAACUGUACCCAAAAACCAUAAGCUGUUCUGUUUUUUGUUGCUUUGUAUAAAAAACAGGUUUUGGGUGGAGUUCCCCUUUAAUGGUGCUGAAAUCCCUGGCAGUAAAUGUGAACGUUUCAUUGUUGCUUAAAAUAAAUGGACUUUACACUGAUCGAUAA